UUUAAAUCCAAGAUGGCGGCGCACCACCGACUCUCCGCAACAAUAGAAGUGUGUGUUUGCAACAGUGUCUGGAGGAUAAAUCUGCAAUUCCUGGAGGCACCGGAUCAUCACUGAAAAGUGGGCAACUUUGCUCCUGCAUGGAACACUUCAACUUGCACCUGCAGACACAGCUCCUGUCAAUGAGGAACAAGUGUACAAGAGAAUAUGCUGAUCCGAAGAAGACUGUGAAUUAAUUGCAAAUAUUAGUUGUCUAAGAAUCAGGAUCUUGAUGUGAUUGGUCAUUUUUGCUGUUUUAAGACAGUGAGAGAUCAUUCAAGAAAAGCUGCAAUGUGAACAAAUUAAUUAUCAACACGACUGAAUUAUUUAAAGCACAAUGCGGGUUAGUUUUUGCCAGAUGCUGCUGACUGGGGCAAUAAUGAUUAAUCUAGUUAUUCUUUACUACGUCUCCAGAACUCAGCAGCAAAUGCUGAAACACAAAGUCCCAGGGAAGGCUGCCUCCAGGAAACUAGCAGUUUCAAGAGUCACUGGGAUCACUGUACUUAUACGAGAGUUUGAAGACUUUGAGAAUUGGGUGGUAGGUGUAGCACAGUCUUUCCUGAAGCAAAAGCCAGACCAGCCCAUUGUGGUGGUGGCUGACAAACUACCAUACCCACCUCUAGACCUGCCCAAUAAGCAGAACAUACAGGUAGUGCUAUUGAAGGCAUCUCCAGAUCAGCCAUAUUAUGUCACCAGGCCCGAGUUCUACAUCAACACUGAAUACACCCUUCUGGUGCCUGACGGGGUGCAGUUGGACUCAACCCAACAGCUUGACCAUCUUCUUCAGCAGUUCGAGGCCAACAAAGGAAAGGUUCAGAUGGUGGCAGCUCCUAUUCAGAAUGGGGAAACAUUCCACUGUCUAAACUUGCGUGUUAGUCUUAAGGAAUGGACCGCCGUCUAUCAGCUUUCUCCUGCUCAGGUUUGCGAUGCCAUUGACGGAGAUGCUGUGGUUCUUCUUCGAACUGAGGAUUUGUUCAACUUCUCUCAGCCCAUGGUAAGGCCGCUCAUGACAUCCCUCUUUGUUCAGUCUUCACUGCGUGGCUGGAAGGUGAAGAUGGCAGAGAAUGUGGUGUUCUCAUCAUACCACCGCUCUUUGUUCAUGUCAGCCCAUAACCGUUGGAAAGCAGACAUCAAUACAAAGGCAAGGCUGUCCCAACUCUUCAAAGACUUCGGUGUGAAGCAUGUGGUGCAGCCCAAUGGAAAGGAGCAGUGGUACGGCUGCAACAAAGACACCCCUCGCUGUUUCAGGACGGUGCAUGACGACACGCCUGAGUACCUGUAUGAGAACAGGUGGACCCCACCUUGCUGCCUCAAAGCCUUGCGUGAGACCACCAAGUACGUCAUAAACAUCUUGGAGUCCUCAGGUGUCCGCUACUGGCUGGAGGGCGGAACUCUUCUGGGAGCAGUCCGUCACCAGGACAUCAUUCCAUGGGAUUAUGACGUGGACCUUGGGAUUUACCUGGAUGAUGUUGAAAAUUGUGAAUUUCUAAGGAGCCUGGACUCUGGCUCAGUUGUUGAUGAGAACGGCUACGUGUGGGAAAAGGCAGUGGAAGGUGACUUCUACCGUGUGCAAUACAGCGAAAGCAACCACUUGCAUGUUGACUUGUGGCCUUUCUAUGCCAGAGAAGGAAUCAUGACCAAAAACACGUGGAUGGACCACAAACAGGAUGUGAAUUUCCCUGAGCACUUCCUGAAACCACUGGUCCCCAUGCAGUUUGCUGGAAUAACUGCUCUUGCCCCCAACAAUCACAGGCGCUUCCUGGAGUUGAAGUUUGGAGAGGGGGUCAUCGAAAAUCCUGAGUAUCCAAACCCUGCCAAGAAAAAGUUGGAGAAGAAGGACUAAAUACAGAGGAUAUUAAUUAACAACCAGGACAGUUACUUGAGCAUCUUCUGAUUUUAGAAUCUUUUGAGAUGUGAUUUCCCGGAUAUUUAUUGUUCGACAUUUGUUUCUUCCUCCACAUUUUCUCUCCUGAAGGCACUGCAUCUUCCUGGGGAUAGUUCCAUGAAUUAUGGUAGCAUUAUCUGGUCCUGUUCAAUCUGGGGACUCAGUUAGUGAUUGUGAGUAA